AUGCUUGAAACUCAGGAGCUGAAGAAACUGUGCGUCUGUGUGUGCAUUCCUGGGGCUGUAACCACAUCUAGCACCCGUAAUCAGCGUAACUCAUAG